CGUCGGCGUGCGUCACGCGCAUGCGGGCGGCCACGACGACGCCUCCUCCUGCCUCACGGUCGGGCCAAUCCGACCGGCGCUCGGCACUGGGGGCGGGACGGCCUGGGUCCGGCUUGGCCUGCAGUGCGCCGAGGACGCCGCGCGAGCAUGUACCGGCUGCUGAUCCCGAGUCUGGGCCGAGGCCUCCUGCGGGCCGCGGGGCGGCGGUGCCGGGACUGCUCGGCGCGCCUGCUCCUGGGGUCGGCAGGAGGCCGUGCGCCUGAGGUGGGGGUGCCGGCAUCCCGAGUCGCGCCGCUCGGCCGGGGCCCGGGCCUGCUGCCGCUGCUGGCAGCGCUCGCCUGGUUCUCGAGGCCCGCUGCGGCAGAGGAGGAGGAGGAGGAGCGGCAGGGAGCGGGCGGGGCCGCCGCCGAGGGCGCGGUGGACGAGACCGAGGCCGAGAUCAUUCAGCUGCUGAAGCGAGCCAAGUUGAGCAUCAUGAAAGAUGAGCCAGAAGAGGCUGAGCUAAUUUUACAUGACGCUCUUCGUCUUGCCUAUCAGAGCGAUAACAGGAAGGCCAUCACUUACACUUAUGAUUUGAUGGCCAACUUGGCAUUUAUACGGGGUCAACUUGAAAAUGCGGAAAAACUUUUUAAAGCAACCAUGAGUUACCUGCUUGGAGGGGGCAUGCAACAGGAAGACAAUGCGAUAAUUGAAAUCUCUCUAAAGUUGGCCAGUAUCUAUGCUGCUCAAAAUAGACAGGAAUUUGCUCUUGCUGGCUAUGAAUUCUGCAUUUCAACCCUAGAGGAAAAAAUUGAAAGAGAAAAGGAAUUAGCAGAAGACAUUUUGUCAGUGGAAGAGAAAGCCAACACCCACCUCCUCCUUGGCAUGUGCUUAGACACCUAUGCCCGCUACCUUCUGUUCUCCAAGCAGCCGGCACAGGCACAGAGGAUGUAUGAAAAAGCUUUGCAGAUUUCUGAAGAAAUACUAGGAGAAAGACACCCACAGACCAUCGUGCUGAUGAGUGACCUGGCUACCACCCUGGAUGCACAGGGCCGCUUUGAUGAGGCCUGUGUUUAUGUGCAAAAGGCAUCAGAUCUGGCGAGACAGAUAGAACAUCCUGAGCUACACAUGCUGCUCAGUAAUCUCGCUGCAAUUCUGAUGCACAGAGAACGAUAUGCACAAGCAAAAGAGAUCUACCAGGAAGCACUGAAGCAAGCAGAGCUGAAAAGAGAUGAGGUUUCUAUACAGCACAUCAGGGAAGAGCUGGCUGAGCUGUCAAGAAAAAGUAGACCUUUCACUUAAUUUUAUGAAGCGCUAAAUCCCUUUUUGUUGUAGGGAAUUUUAAGUAACAGUGGUUAUUCUAGUCUCAGUGGCACCCAAAUCAAUGGCUUAAACCCUUUCUCCUUGAUAUUCAUGUCUCGUCAGUUAGCUGUGGUGAAGGACAAGUUGUACGCACUGCCGCUUUUGUUCUUUAAAGGAAAGACGACUUUCACCCCUGGCUGAUGUUGACCUCUAAGGACAGAUGUCAAGUGAUGCUUUCCGUCGUAACGUAUGGUGUGGUGCUGUCGUGCUGGUCUAAGUGUACCUGUAGAUGGAGAUGGGCCAGUUGGCCUUCGGGGUGGGUGUGGUGAUUCAGCCAGGCAUCUCUAUCCUACGAUUUUGACCCAUUGAUUUGCUAUACCUUCUUUUUUAUUUUACCAAUAUCUGGAAGAACAGAACUGUCUCAUGGCAAAGGGGGAUUAUGGUGAGUUAUUUUUCUUAUCUAUUUCAUGAAGCUCAGUGUGGGACCUAAUGCAUAAUGGAGCAAAAGCAUUGUCGUGGUUUGUGCCAGCGCCCAGCAUGAAGUUUUAAAGUAGGAAGUAGGCCCUUGAAAAUACACCCGUUUAAUUAUAAAUCAAAGUAAACUGUAUGUCUUCAUACCUGGUUCUAUAGGACUAUGAAAGAGGGGGGAAAAGGAAGCAUAUGAACACUUGUCAGUGCUGUUUGAGGACUCCGCUUCCUUUGCAGCCUAGGUCCCUGAACAGAGUCCUCUGCACGUGCCCAGGCUGCACCCCCAAACCUUGUGUCUCAGGGUCGGGCCUUAACAAGUGUAAUAUGUAAAAUCUCCCCAGUGGUUCUCAUAUGUUCUGCUUAUACAGUGGAAGGAUCACUGAUCUGGAUCUUAGUCCUGGCUUCUCGAGUUUGGGUCUCAGUAUCCUCAUCUGUAAGUAGGAAACGGAUGAGAUUGUCUCGUAGCCAUGGGAGAAUGUAUUUUGUCCGAUGACCCUAAAUGAAUAGACUACUACUGUGUUCAAAGAGCCUUAUCACACUGCCUCAUAGCGUAUCAAGUAUAUACAUACAAGAUAGGUAGAUGGAGGUUUUUACCUCAGAAGUGUUGCAAAGAGCCCCUGGCCUAGGGCAAAGGCAAUUUUUGUAGGUGCCAUGAAGGAGCACUGUUAUUGUUGGUAAGCCUUUGGGGGGUGGGGGGUGUGAGUGGGAAUGGUAAACAGAUAUUUUUGUUUCUGUGUACAUACUAUUGGAAGAAUCCUUUCAUAAUAAACUAGAGACUCUACAACAACA